UCCCUCUCCCCCCUCUCCCCCCCCACUCUCCCCGGGUGUGAGGAUGGGUCAGACUUCGAUCUCCAGUCUCUCACAGCCCCCAAACGUUGACGUUCUAGAAAAGCCCUGUGUCACGGGCUCGGAAGUGCCGCCUCCCAGAUCGGAGACUCCGCCGCUGAAACGGAAAAGCAAACUGGCGUCCAUCGGCAAGAUCUUCAAACCCUGGAAGUGGAGGAAGAAGAAAGCCAGCGAGCAGUUCCGGGAGACGUCCGUGUUGUUGGAAAGAAAAAUCUCGAUGAGGCAAACACGGGAGGAGCUGAUCAGAAAAGGAGUGUUGAAGGAUGGCUGUGAACGAGAUGGAGAGGGGCACAGGGCGGGGACAAAGAAUGGCCUCCCUUCACCCAUCAAUAUCGAGACGGUGACCAAGGAGCACCCGACGACCCCAGACACUGGUUGUUUGGCUGAGCAGACUGUGCCCACCCUAACACAGGUGGCAGAUCACUCUGCCGAGCCGGAGAUGACAGGUGAUUCAUUCCCUCCUUCAUUGACUCCGUCUCAACCUCCUUCAGAGGGACACUGUAAGGACAUCCAGGACACAUCAUCUCCCCCUGGGCUGCCUGACAUUCCCAGCAAACCCGAGGACCACUCGGAAUCUCCUACCCGAACUUCACUCCCGACUAGGCUGGGUUCUGCUGAACCGUCCGAACCUCAGCCGGAGAAACCCGGGCAGAUGAGAAAACCCGCCCGUGGAAUUCCCGGGAACGUUUGUGUUUGUGACUGGGAAGCCAUGCGACUUCCUGCCUCCUCUGACCAAGGACAGCACUUUCCUCGGGAUGCUCCCAUUCCUGAUCCCGUCCGACCCGUCAAGCCUGAGCCAGAAACGGGAGAGAUGGAGCGAUCCGCCGGGAGCCUGGAACAUUCUCAACAAGAAACUGGAGAAACACUAAAAUGCACUUCUGACCAAAGCAACGUGACGAACGAGCACGGAGAGGGGAGGCAGGAGAGCCGGGUGCUGAUUGAUGAUUCCACGCCCGUCGCCAUCAUCCCUCCCGCUGAAUAUCCCGAGAGCGUCAGCAGUGACUCUGACUCCGAGGGCCCGGUGCUGUACAGAGAUGAGCCCGAGGAUGAGGAGGACGAUGAGUGUUUAAACAGCUCGCUCGCCAACAAGAUCCGACGGAGAGACACGCUCGCCCUCAAACUCCGCAACCGGCCGACAAAGAGGGAACUGGAGGAGAAGAACAUCAUACCUCGGUCCUCAGAUGAGGAGAGACUGGAGCUGAGGCAGCAGAUUGGCACCAAGCUCAUCAGGAGAUUGAGCCAAAGACCAACUCUGGAAGAACUGGAACAGAGGAAUAUCUUGAGACAACGAAAUGAAGAGGAGGAACAUGAGGAGAGACUGGAGAUCAGGAGGAGGCUGAUCCGAAAGCUCAGUCUGAGGCCCACAGUUGCUGAGUUACAAGCCCGGAGAAUCCUUCGCUUUAACGAGUAUGUGGAGGUGACUGAGGUGCAAGAUUAUGACAGGAGAGCAGAUAAACCAUGGACCAGGCUCACGCCAGCGGACAAGGCUGCGAUUCGCAAAGAGUUGAAUGAGUUUAAAAGCCGGGAAAUGGAAGUCCAUGAAGAGAGCAAACAUUUAACCAGGUUCCACCGCCCUUAAAGUCUGGCCGCCGCAGAAUUGUGGAGCGAUUUAAGACGACCGGAAUGAAAAGCUGACACACACUCGGAGAGAGAGCGAAAGUCAGAUUUAAGGCGUGCUCCGUGCAUGCACGUGUGUUUCUCCCCUGCGCUCUCCCUCUCGCCACGUAAUUAACACGUCAGCGGGAGAAGCGACAAAGCAAGGAGAGAGGGAGGGGGGGAGGGAGGGAGGAGGGCUGGGGGAGAGAGAUCCUCCCCUCAGGAGGACGGGAAGAGAUUGUUUUAAAUGUCUAUUUUAGUCUUUUUUUUUAUAAAAAGAUUCUUUUUUUUAAAAAAAAAA